CACAAAUUUUCUCGACAAAGAAACUUUGUUCAACUAUGCACCAUUUUACAGUCAUCUUCUUCUUCUUCAUCAGCUUAUCCACCGAUCUUCAUACACAGUACUCUGAAUACGAAAUCUCCGAUUCAAAGCUUAUCAACUAUGACUUCCGGUACGAGAAUGCCGACUUGGAAGGAGAGGGAAAACAACAAACGUCGUGAGAGGCGUCGUCGUGCCAUCGCCGCUAAGAUCUUUCUCGGCUUGCGAAUGUACGGAAACUACAAGCUCCCCAAGCACUGCGACAAUAAUGAGGUCCUUAAAGCCCUCUGUGAUGAAGCUGGAUGGACUGUCGAAGAAGACGGCACUACAUAUCGGAAGGGAUGCAAACCUGUGGAACGUGAUAUCAUGGGUGGAUCAGCUUCUGCAAGUCCAUGUUCAUCUUAUCAGCCGAGCCCACGUGCAUCUUAUAACCCAAGUCCUGUGUCUUCUUCCUUCCCAAGCCCCACGUCUUCUCGUUACGCCAUUAAUGGCAAUGAUAAUGCUACUGAUCCCAACUCCCUCAUCCCAUGGCUGAAGAAUCUCUCCUCAGGUUCAUCAUCAGCUUCCUCCAGGCUGCCUCACCAUCUUUUUAUUACUUGUGGCUCCAUAAGUGCGCCCGUCACCCCUCCGUCGAGUUCCCCAACUGCUCGAACACCCAGAAAACCAAAUGCUUGGGACAAUCAUCCAGCAGUUGCUCCUGCUUGGGCUGCACAGCGCUUCUCAUGUUUGCCUGCAUCGACCCCACCGAGCCCUGGGCGUCAGGUGUUGGCUGAUUCAGCAUGGCUUGAUAGUAUGCGGAUUCCUCAAAGUGGACCAUCAUCUCCAACCUUCAGCCUUGUGGCAAGGAAUCCUUUCGGAUUUAAGGAGGCAAUGUCCGCUGGAGGGUCUCGUAAUUGGACUCCUGCACAAAGCGGGACAUGCUCGCCCACGGUUGCUGCAGGCACUGAUCAUAAUUCAGAUGUUCCUAUGAUGGAUGGAACUGCAGCAGAGUUUGCCUUUGGAAGUUGUUCGAAUGGGUUGGUGAAGCCUUGGGAAGGAGAGAGAAUUCAUGAGGAAUGCAUCUCUGAUGAUCUCGAACUUACACUUGGGAAUUCCAGGACAAGGUGAGAGAAAGUUGCAAGUUCUCAAAUUUGGUUCUUUCUUCAAAGGGAAAAAUUCAACUGAAUGUCCGUGGGUUUUGGUUUGACAAAGAUUUGCCCCUCGGUUGAUAGUUUAAUUCUUUCCUAAUCGAUUUGUUGUUCUAGUUCCUUGAAAUGAAAAUUAGAUUCCACUAAUGGAUUCCCUGGUCUUGGUUGUUGAAAGGGAUAUUUCAUUGCCAUAUAAUAUUCAAUUCAAUUGGAUGU